GCGACAUGGGUCAAAGUUCAGGCAACGGCGAUUUCGUCACUGGCGGAGAAAAAGAAUUAAAACGGAUUUAAUGUGAUUUAGAGUCACAUUAUUACUUUUUAUUAUCUGGUCGGUUUGUAUUUUAAUUAGGAAGGAAGUGAAUAAAUAAAAGAUAACGAGAUCGGAGAGGCGGAGAAACAAAAGGGCGAGAUCGAAGGAGCUAUUUCCCAUUAAAGGAAAGAAAAAGGGCAGGCGGCAGCGGGGGAGAGGCCGGGGGCGAUGGAGGAGAGGGAGGAGCAUGUGUUCAUCGCAAAGCUCGCGGAGCAGGCGGAGAGAUACGAUGAAAAUUCUACUUGAUUCUUGUGAUGGGACCAUGGGGUACUUGAUAGAUUCGUGUCAACACAUUUUAGCAAAGGACAGGGGAAUUUGUGGAAAUGGUAGAGCAUAUCAAAAUAAUUGCCAGAAUGGAUAUUGAGCUGACACCAGAGGAGAGAAACAUACUAGCAGUGGGCUAUAAGAAUAUGAUUGAUGCAAGAAGGGCAUCACGGAGAACCCUGUAUUCACUUGAACAGAAAGAAGUGGCAAUGGGAAGUGAGCAAAAUGCAAGGAUGGUAGUAGAUUAUAGGAAGAGUGUUGAGGAUGAGCUGACAAGGAUUUGCAAUGAACUUCUAUCUGUAAUUGCUAUCCACAUCCUUCCAUCUUCCACUGCUGGUGAAUCAAUUGUUUUCUUUUACAAGAUGAAAGGAGAUUAUUACCGCUAUUUAGCAGAAUUUAAGACUGGAAAUGAACGAAAUGAAGCUGCUGAUCAGUCACUUAAAGCUUAUCAGGCUGCUACAAGUACAGCUAUGACUGAGCUUCCGCCCAAUCAUCCAAUAAGGCUUGGCCUUGCUCUGAAUUUCUCAGUAUUUUACUAUGAAAUCAUGGAUUCACCUGAGAGGGCAUGCCAUCUGGCUCAAGAAGCUUUUGAUAAGGCUCUUCCGGAACUCAACACCCUUAGUGAAAUCUCUUACAAAGAGAGUACACUUAUUUUACAGAUUCUUAGAGAUAAUCUGACAUUGUGGACUCCGAAUCUACCAGGAGUUGGUGUCAUUGCAGGUGGCAACUCCAAAGACAUCGACACUGUGAAUUAAAGGAGCUUUGCACAACUGAACCUUUCUGCUAAUUGCAGGUGGAUGCAAUAGCUGAACAGCGGUUCCGAGGCCUUAAUGCUUUCGAGUUCAAAUCUAGCUCUUGGUAAACCUAGUACUUUCUCAAGUGGCUUCUUUUUUCCUUUUGGUCAAGUGGCACACGAGUUUGUUCAAUCUUUUGACGAUAUUCAAGCGUACUGUUCUCGGGAUAGACCUCUGUUGUAGUUUCAUAUAAACUAUAAGUUGGGUUGACAUUACAGUUUUGCUGAUCAAGAGAUGUUUUGGCCCUCUUGUUCAGAGUGUGAUGGAUAUUUGCUACAACAAACUGGCAGACUUGAAUUUCUGGAUUUAAUUAAUGCAUUAUCAAAUGGUCUGUGGCA